AUGGUGGUGCGUCAGGUGGAUUUGCAGGAUGUCAUGGAAAUGUUUUGGAGGGUGACAGCAAUUCUACUCCUGUUGUUCGCCGAUACGAACUGGGCGUCUGAUACUGUCCCUCUGUCUAACACAUCGGCUACAAUAGAAGACAUGCUGGAAGGUUAUGACAUCAGACUUCGUCCAAACUUUGGAGGCGAACGACUGGACAUUGGAAUAGAGUUGAUCAUCGCUAGCUUUGACACAAUAUCGGAAGUGGACAUGGACUACACGAUUACCAUCUACCUGAACCAGUACUGGGCCGAUGAUAGACUUGCAUUUGCCCGUUACAAACAUGGCACGCCAAUGACUUUGACCGGAGACUUCGCUGAGAAAAUUUGGGUCCCUGAUACCUUCUUCGCGAACGACAAGAAUUCUUUUUUACACGAAGUGACAGAGAAAAAUAAAAUGAUACGGCUGUAUGGAAAUGGAUCUGUUGUUUACGGUAUGAGAUUCACCACAACUCUGGCCUGCAUGAUGGACCUCCACAACUAUCCUCUAGAUGUUCAAAACUGCACCGUGGAAAUAGAGAGCUAUGGCUACGACUUCCACGACCUUUACCCUCAUUGGCGGAAUGGAAAAGACUCUGUCCAAGGAGUCGAUAAGGUACAGCUGCCUCAGUUUGAUAUCGUGGAGUACCGGACAAUAGAGAAAAUAGAAAGUCUGUCUACAGGAGACUAUCCAAGGCUGUCUUUGAGUUUCAAGCUUCAUCGAAAUGUCGGCUACUUUAUAUUCCAAACGUACCUGCCAUCAAUCCUAAUUGUGAUGCUGUCCUGGGUAUCAUUCUGGAUUAACCACGAGGCCACAUCUGCCAGAGUGGCACUAGGUAUCACCACUGUCCUGACGAUGACGACGAUCAGUAAUGGGGUGCGGUCCUCCCUACCUAGGAUCUCCUAUGUCAAGGCCAUAGAUAUCUACCUGGUCAUGUGUUUUGUGUUCGUAUUUGCCGCUUUGUUAGAGUAUGCUGCCGUGAACUACACAUUCUGGGGAGCUAGAGCAAAGAAAAAGACGAAGAAGUUCAAGGAUGGCCUGAUCACAAUACAGCAUCCUGUGGAAGACGAACCUGAUGUGGUCGAUGACAAACCGAUAGAAUCAGAGGAGGUACAAAUGUCACCUAUAGUGGCCAUUCGGAACUCACAAGGGACUAAAAUUACUAUAGAGGAGGAUCACCUGGAAACUGCACCAAAUAUCCCGGACCUCCCGCGGACUUGUAUGUCACGUGGCUAUUUACACGAUGACUUAGUGAGGAGAAAACAUAACACAACAGUAAAUAAAAAGAAAAAGUAUUACACAAGUGUUAAACACAAAGCCAAAAAGUGCAAAGUGAGGUUCCCGAGGGUGAAGGACGUUAAUAACAUUGACCGCUACUCAAGGCUACUCUUUCCUCUUCUCUUCCUCCUCUUCAAUAUGUGUUACUGGGGCUUCUAUCUCUUCUAG